GGUUUGGACGGCACGAUGGCCAUGCGUGCCACCUUUGUAGGCACCGUGACAUACAUGUUGCCCGAGAGAAUUCGCGGCGACAACUACUUGUACGCCGCUGAUAUCUGGAGUCUCGGGCUGACGGUACUGGAGUGUGCUACCGGUAAAUUUCCCUAUGAUUUCAGUGAAGGCCCAACCAAUCUCAUGCUGCAGAUACUCGAUGAUCCAUCGCCGACACCACCAGAAGAUGCAUAUUCACCGGAGUUCCGUUCAUUUAUAGAUGACUGCUUGCAGAAAGAGCCUGAUGCAAGGUCUACAUGUGAGCAGCUUUUGUCACACCCAUUCAUCAAGAGGUAUGAGGAAGCCGGCGUCGACUUGGCGGCAUACGUCGGGGGUGUUGUGAAUCCAACAGAAAGGUUGAAGCAAAUAGCAGAGAUGCUUGUUGUUCAUUAUUACCUUCUGUUCAAUGGCUCUGAUGGAUCCUGGCAUCAUAUGGAGACACCGUACAUGGAAGAAUCAUCUUUCCGCUUCUCAAGGAAUGUGUAUGUCGGGCAAAGUGCCAUAUUUGAUACUUUGUCAACCAUAAGAAACAAGUUUAAAGGUGAUCAGCCUAGUGGGGGGAUUUUUCAUGUUGUUGAGAAGAUACAUUGUGGUGCAGAUGGGGAAAGAGAGAUCACCGUUCGUGUGUCUGGAUCAUUCAUUGUGGGCAACCAAUUUCUAAUACUUGGUGAAGGGCUGCAAGCUGAAGGGAUGCCCGGCCCAGACGAGCUCGCAAUUGACAUUCCAAGCAAUCGGGCAGGCCAGUUCCGGGAGCAGUUCAUCAUGCAGCCAGGGAUUUCCAUGGAAUGCUACUACAUACCAAGACAAGAUCUCUACAUCAGCUAG